AUGGAGGAGAAAACAUACAUGCCCAAAUCCGAGUCCGGAAAGGCCAAAAAAUGGCGGGGAUCAGUCGGAGGAGUUGUCGAUGUACCAAUCGAUAAAGUGUGGACAAUAGUGUCGAAAAGUCGUAGAUUACACGAAUGGAUGCCAAUGGUAGAAAGAUGCACAGAUUUGGGUGGAGAAGAAGGGGUUCCAGGAUAUGUAAGGCUAGUUUCCGGGUUCAUGUUUCCUCAAGAACAUGGAGAUAGAUCCUGGAUCAAGGAAAAACUUGUUUCCAUGGACACUUCAAACUACCGUUACGUUUACAAAAUGGAAGCCAGCAACGUGGGAUUGGAUGGGUCUGUGAAUUCAUUGAGGCUUGUGGAUUAUGGAGAUGAUUCCACCCUUAUUGAUUGGUCAUUUGAGAUUGAUCCUGUGGCGGGUGCAUCAGAGGAAUACACCAUAGAUUACUUAGCUUUUCUGUAUAAAUCCUGUAUUUAUAGGAUUGGGCGGACGUAG